UUGAGCCUAAUUAGUCCAUGAUUAAUGAAUACGAUGCUACAGUAAACAUUUGCUAACCGUGGCUUAAUUAAGCUUGUCUAUUGAAAUAGCAUUUAUUUAUAUAAUUAAUUUUGUUAUCGGUCUAUAUUUAACACUUAACAUCUAAACAAGAAAAAAAAUCUGUAAUCCAAACAGCCGAUUAGUUCCACGAGAUUUCACCGUCCUUCCACGGGGGCUUGAUCGACGCUCGGCUCGUCUCGUCACGUCUUCUCCCCAACACUCGCACCCUUCCGGUUCUUUAUCCAACCGCCAUCUCUGUCACACACCUCUCUGCUCUGUUUCCGGCGGAGGCCCGGCUGGCCUCUCUCUCUCUCUCUCCCGCAGUCCCGCCCCGCCUUCUCUCAGCGAACACCGGACAGGCCCGGAGGCACGGUGUGCACGGCCUACUCUCCUUCCCGACCCCGACCCCGGCCCCGGCCCUAGCCUUAUCCCCUUCCACGCGCGGUUUCGUCGCGCGCGCGGCCGGCGGCGAUCAGGUCUAGAGACAGUGGAGAGAGACGCGGCCGGACGGACUCCAUCCUGGGCUCGAACCAAAAUUAAGAUGGAUUCCUGUAGCGCGAAUCUCAUGUCACAGCUGAGCAGCAUUUACAACCAGCACAUGACUUCUGGGUUGCGAUGUGAUCGUUUACUUAUGUCAAAUGCUACAUCAAACAAUUUGAGGAAAAUCUGUUCUGUUCACUUGGCAAAUACCCACCGAGCCAGAAAUUUCCAUAUAUCUCAUGCUACUGGCGAUUCUUCCGAACGUGUUAUUAUAAAUGGCCAGGCAAAUCCUUCUAAAUUGGUUCAAGCAGAUGCUGCUGCACUUGGGACCAUAGCUGCUGAUAUGGCACCUGUUGUUGAUGGGUUUUCUGCAGAUGAUGAUGAGCUUGACCUAGACAGCCCUACAGAGGGUUUCUCAUCCAUACCAGAAGCUAUCGAGGAUAUUCGCCAAGGAAAAUAUGUGAUUGUUGUGGAUGAUGAAGACAGAGAGAAUGAAGGGGAUCUUAUCAUGGCAGCAUCAAAGGUGACACCUGAGGCUAUGGCUUUCAUAGUGAGGCAUGGCACAGGCAUUGUAUGUGUCAGCAUGAAAGAAGAUGACCUGGAAAGACUGGAACUUCCUCUCAUGGUGACAACAAAGGAAAAUGAGGAGAAGCUGAAGACUGCCUUUACUGUUUCAGUAGAUGCUAAAGAAGGCACGACGACAGGGGUUUCAGCUAAGGAUCGGGCAAACACAGUAUUAGCACUUGCAUCUCCUAAUUCUAGGCCUGAGGACUUCAACAGGCCAGGACAUAUUUUUCCUCUUAAAUACAGAGAAGGUGGUGUGCUGAAAAGGGCUGGGCAUACUGAAGCAUCAGUUGACCUUGCCAUGUUGGCUGGGUUACCUCCUGCUGCUGUUCUUUGUGAAAUUGUUGAUGAUGAUGAUGGCUCCAUGGCUUUAUUGCCAAAACUCCAAGAUUUUGCAAAGAGGGAGAACCUGAAGAUAAUUUCAAUUGCGGACUUGAUUAGAUAUAGGAGGAAGAGAGACAGAUUGGUAGAAUGUGUUUGUGUUACACCUUUGCAAUUACAAUGGGGAUCAUUUAAAGCUUAUUGCUACCGAUCUCUUAUUGAUGGGAUGGAGCACAUUGCUAUGGUCAAGGGUGAUGUUGGUGAUGGCCAGGAUAUCUUAGUGCGAGUGCAUUCAGAGUGCCUAACUGGAGAUAUAUUUGGAUCAGCCAGGUGUGACUGUGGGAAUCAACUUGCCCUGGCAAUGACCAUGAUUGAGAAGACUGGCAGGGGUGUAGUAGUUUACCUUCGUGGGCAUGAAGGUAGGGGCAUUGGUUUGGGUCACAAGCUUCGGGCAUACAAUUUGCAGGAUGAUGGGCGGGACACUGUCGAGGCUAACGAGGACCUAGGGUUGCCGGUUGACUCACGAGAGUACGGUAUUGGUGCACAGUUACUACGAGAUCUUGGUGUCCGAACCAUGAGGCUAAUGACUAACAACCCUGCGAAGUAUACUGGACUGAAGGGCUAUGGUUUAAGUGUCUUAGGAAGAGUGCCACUGUUGACACCAAUAACCAACGAGAAUCGGCGUUACAUGGAAACAAAGAGAUUAAAGAUGGGGCAUGUUUAUGGAAACCAGACUAGUGGUCGCAUGAAAAAAGAGCAAGAUCAGAUCGACAGUGCCAGUGAGCAAGAGUAGACUCCAGGAGCUUGAACUAAAUUCAUUUUCUCAAGGAGGUGGAAUAUCAUCUACGAAUUUGGUUGUAAGCACUAACGUUGUGCUCCAGUUUUGGUUUUUAUGCUGCUCAAUUUUUUUUGGCACUUCGUCUGUCUAUCUCCAUGUUAUCAAAUGUUUUUACGCCUCUUGAUAUUCUCUUGUAAAGAUUUGAUGCAUGUGUAUGCACCCUUACAAGCUUCUCCUAUAUGAUAUGUAAUCAUGUUUUUGGCGGUGAGCCAGCGAACAAUGCUUUUUUUUUUUUUGGCCGGGGGACGUAUGUGUGCUUUUGAGGCUGAAUGUAUGUAUUAAGUAAGAUGAUUCUCUCUA